UCCCGUGCAACCUCGUCCAAAGCAGACAUCUUCUCCGAGCCGCAGAUGUAAAAACAACCUGCUGUGUAGAUGGCAGCACGAUCAGUUGUCAGUGAUGGCUACUGCAGAUGAUCAAUGCUUAGCUGCAAUUGGUGAAGUAUCCAAGUGUGCUAGAAAAUGAACUCUAGGUAAUUAGGUGAGAAUGGGCAAAGACGCGGAAUUACUGGAGGCCGCCCGUAAUGGCAACUUCCAAGUGGUGGAGAAGAUUUUAAGCUCCAAAGCCAAGAGAUCUGGACCACUCGCUAGCAGCCUUAAACGGAUUAGUCUGCGUCGAGGCCCCGGUGCCAAUGUUCAGGAUGCCAGUGGGUAUACGGCACUCCACCAUGCUGCCCUUAACGGUCACAAGGACGUGGUGUCGUUGUUGCUCGCCCACGAAGCCUCCACGAACGUCCAGGAUUUCAAGGGUUCGACGCCCUUGCACCUGGCAGCGUGGGCGGGCCACGUCGAGGUGGUCAGGGCCCUCCUGCAGCAGGGACCGUCAAUUCCCAAUGUCAACCAUCAGAACAAAGGUGGUGAGACUGCACUGCACUGCGCAGCUCAGUAUGGGCAUACUGAGGCAGCGCAGCUGCUUGUUGCAAGGGGAGGUGAUCCAACUAUACCGAACCAGCAGGCUGAGACAGCCAUGGAUUUAGCUGCUCAGUAUGGUCGUUUGAAUACAGUUGAGUUGCUUGUGAGAGCCCAUCCAGACCUCUUACGCCCUUAUACUGCAGCGGCUGCGUCCGCAGCUGUCUUUCCACACACACCCCUUCACCGAGCUUCUAGGAAUGGCCAUAGAGAAGUGGUUAAGUUCCUGUUGGCGCACGGUCACCAUGUCAAUGUUAGAACGGGCCAGGGUGCACCCCUUCACGAGGCAGCGCUUUGUGGAAAGGUGGAUGUCGUUCGAGUGUUAUUAGAAGCUGGAGCUGAUACAGAAGUGCGCGACGAUAAUGGCCGAACUGUCUUAGAUACCAUAUCUCUCAUCAAUACUCCAGUAACCCAGGAAAUUACCAACCUUAUUAAGUGCCAUGGGCAGCUGAUCAACCUGGAUGAUGAUGAUGAUGAAGUUGAAGGUGCAGGAGACCCACCUUCUUGGCCUCCCCCUGUUUGGCCACCACCCAACUUACCUCCCAUACCUACGCCUGCGGACUUAGGUUCACCUUAUGAAAAUGUUCUCAUUCCAACAAUCCUGCGGCGAGAACCAGAUGGAGAGAGUUGUAGGUUACCUGAUAGAGCUAGCAGUAGAGCUUCAGAUCGAGAAAGCAGAGCUUCAGACCGUGAAAGUCGCACCUCGGACAAAGAAAGUCGCACAUCUGAUAGAGAAAGUCGAUUAUCCGAUAGGGAUGGUCGAACAUCAGUUGCCAGUAGAGUCUCAGAAGCAACGUCUGAUUGGUCAAUAUAUGAUGUGCCACCUCCACCAAAAACUGUAUCCAGUGAUCGAGGCUCUAUAUCGUAUCGAAGUCAAAAUUCUGAGUGUGGAGAUGAUGAUGGUUUAUAUGAAGUACCACCACCUCCUCGCUCUUGUCGUAGCUCUUCAGCAUCUCUCAGGUCUUCCCGUGACUCCCGUCUCUUGCGGCCCCCUUCGGAUGAGCUCCCGUCUCAACCUGUUACUAGUCCUGUCUCGUCAAACAGCACUGCUGUCACCAGAAGAAACACAGUAGCGGGUGGCUCUGAUUCCUCCAGCAGUAAGGUAGUAGAACCAGUGCCACCACCCAAACCACCUCGUCGCUCCAUGUGUCCGCCCUCCCCAGCGCCUGAUGCCGAGCAGGAUUUGCCAACAUACGAAACAAUUUAUUUCAAAGGACAAGAACAGUCGGAUUAUGAAAAUGUUGAUGUACAGCAGCACCACAGCCUUUCACGAUUACCCUCAUACCCACAAGGCCCUGAUAGCUCAGAUUCCGAGUACGACACUCCAAGGAGUCACCACUCGUCUCAUGCUCACUCAAAUAGGAUGUACAGUACCAUAUCCUUCAAGCCAGUUAAAAGUCGCAGAACGUCCAAAAUGAAGGAUCCUCAUGUAUAUGAAAACACCAUCCACCGAUAUGAAAAUCUAAAGGAUAGAUACGAAUCGAUGUCAGAGAAAAAACACCGCAAGGACCAAUAUUCUCACCUUCAUCAAGGUAAUGAGAAUGUUUAUGGACAAAGACAACUCCAAGAUAACUGGGAUGUAAAGAAUGAUAAUCUAAGAGAUCGCAAUGAAAAUCUACGGGACCGUGCCCAGACCUUACCAAGACGAAUCCGCACAAUUUCAACCAAGUCCGAAGGGCACAUAUCCUCAGAGGAUUCUGACAGUGACCACAGACCUAAAAGUCUUGAAUUUAGAGACAAAAAAAUUAAUGUAAAUAUUCCUCUAAGUCCCACAAAUUAUCAGCAGCCUCCAACGCCUGAUCAUCCUCCACCAUCUGCUCGCCAGGCACAGAUUUCUAUUCAUGCGAAGAUGCAGUCAGUCUCACAGCAUCCGUACUACAUCAUGAUGAUGGGUGGAGAUAAAAUGAAUUUGCUAAGUCCAAGUCAGAGUCCCAAAUUGCUAAGCCCCAAUCAAAGUCCCAAAAGGGAGUUACUCAGUCCUAGUCAGAGCCCCAAGAGAGAACUUUUGCUGCUGAGCCCCAAGCAGAGUCCCAAGAGAGAACUUCUUCUGAGUCCCAGUCAAAGUCCCAAGAGAGAUCUAUUGCUGAGUCCCAGUCAGAGCCCUAAAAGGAUUUUAUUAAGCCCUAACCUCAGUCCCAAACGGGACAGCAUGAGUCCUGGAAGGGAAACGCCAAGCCCCAGACUAGAAUUGUUACUGAGUCCCAGGAGAGAAAGAUCCAGUCCUAGAUUAGAGAUUCUUAGUCCCAGAAGAGAAAUGCCAAGUCCUAGAAGGGAGAUACCAAGUCCUAGAUUUGAUAUGUGCAGCCCUCGGCUUGAAGUGCAAAGUCCUAGGUUUGAAAUAUCAAGCCCAAUGAGAAGUCCAAGUUUGGAAUUGAGAAGUCUCAGAAUUGAUAUGCAAAGUCCCAGGCUGGAGAUGCGAAGUCCAAGUUUGGAAUUACGGAGGCCAAGUAUGGAAAUAAGGAAUGCAAGCGUGGAGUUACAAAGACCAAGCAUGGAUAUUAGAAGUCCAAGUCUGGAAUUGCGAAGACCAAGCAUGGAUUUGCGAAGCCCAAGUUUGGAACUGCGGAGACCUAGCAUGGAUUUGCGAAGUCCAAGUUUGGAAUUACGAAGACCUAGUAUGGAUAUGCGAAGUCCAAGUUUAGAGUUGCGAAGACCUAGCAUUGAUAUGCGAACUCCAAGUUUGGAAGUGAGGAGACCUAGCAAAGACAUGAGAAGCCCAAGCUUGGAAUUGAGGAGACCCAGUAUGGAUUUACGGAGUCCAAGUAUGGAAUUGAGAAGACCUAGUAUGGAUAAUCGGAGCCCGAGCUUGGAAUUGAGACGACCAAGUAUGGACACGAGAAGUCCAAGCCUAGAGCUGCGAAGACCUGGCAUGGAAAUAAGGAGCCCUAGUUUGGAGUUACGAAGUUCCAGGCUAGAAAUGCCAAGCCCCAGACUUGAAACAAGAAGCCCCAGUUUAGAAUUGCGCAGCACUAGGCUUGAAAUGCCAAAUGCAAGGCUGGAGGCAAGAAGUCCCAGUUUAGAAUUGCGAAGCUCAAAGCUUGAAAUGCCAAACCAAAGGUUGGAAACAAGAAGCCCUAGUUUAGAAUUGCGAAGUUCCAGGCUUGAAAUGCCAAGCUCAAGGCUGGAAACAAGAAGCCCUAGUUUAGAAUUGCGAAGCUCAAAGCUUGAAAUGCCAAAUCAAAGGUUGGAAACAAGAAGCCCCAGUUUAGAAUUGCGAAGCUCCAGGCUUGAAAUGCUGAGCCCAAGGCUGGAAACAAGAAGCCCAAGUUUAGAAAUGCAAAACUCUAGGCUUGAAAUGCCGAGCCCAAGGCUGGAAACGAGAAGCCCCAGUUUAGAAUUGCGAAGUUCCAGGCUUGAAAUGCCUAGCCCAAGACUGGAAAUGAGAAGCCCUAGUUUAGAAUUGCGAAGACCUAGCAUGGAAAUACGUAUUCCUAACUUAGAGUUAAGAAGCCCUAGUUUAGAAUUGCUUAGCCCCAGGAAAGGGAGACUGAGUCCUAGAUCAGAAAUGUCUUUACCAAGCCCCAGGUUGGAAAGGUCGAGUUCCAGAUUUGAGUUGCCUGGCUCCUCUAGGAGGGAAAUGUCAAUUCCAAGCCCGAGAUUUGAAAUACCAAACCCCAGACUUGGAAUAGCAAGCCCAAGAUUUGAAAUGCCAAGUCCGAGAUAUGAUACAUCAAGUUCUAGGUUUGAAUUGCCAACCUCCAGGAGAGAAAUGCAAAGUCCUAUGGGAGAAAUGCAAAGUCCCAGAAGGGAAAGUGUCGGUAAGGAAAGUUCUCGAAGAGAAACUUCACGAAGGGAAAGUUUCCGAACAGAAAGUCCCCGCAGAGAAACACCUCGAAGGGAAAGUUUCCGGAUGGCAUGCCCUCGAAGAGAAAGCUUUCAUUUGGAAAGUCCUCGAAGGGAAAGUUUCCGAAAUGAAAGUCCCAGACGGGAAAGUUUCCGGAAUGAAAGUCCCCGGCAAGAAAGAUUCCGAAAUGAAAGUCCACGGAGGGAAAGUUUCCGAAAUGAAAGUCCCCGAAGGGAAAGUUUCCGAAAUGAAAGUCCCCGAAGGGAAAGUUUCCGAAAUGAAAGUCCCCGAAGGGGAAGUUUCCGAAAUGAAAGUCCUCGAAGGGAAAGUUUCCGGAAUGAAAGUCCCCGAAGGGAAAGUUUCCGAAACGAAAGUCCCCGAAGGGAAAGUUUCCAUAAUGAAAGUCCUCGAAGGGAAAGCUUCCGACUUGAAAGUUCUCGAAGGGAUAGUUUUCUUAUGGAAAGUCCACGAAGCCCCCGUAGGGAUAGUUUCUUAAUGGAAAGUCCUCAUAGGGAAAGUGCUCGUAUUGAAAGUCCUUGCAGAGAAAGUCCUCGUAGAGAAAGUUUUUGUGGGGAAAGCCCCCGAAGGGAAAGUUCUCGAAAGGAAAGCCUUCGUAAGGAGAGUUUCCGCAAGGAAAAGCCUCGAGAAAUGCAUAGCCCACGGAAAGAAAAAGCAAGUCCUAGAAAGGAAAAGUCUGGUUCUAGAAAGGAAACAAAAGAUUCUAAAAAGGAAAUAUUUUUAUUAUCUAGAAGAGAAACACCUGGUUCUAGAAGGAAAUCACCAAGUCCCAGAAAAGAAUUUUCAAGUCCUAGAAGAGAUUCAUUAAGUUCCAAAAUGGACUUUCUGAGCCUAAAGGUUGAUGAUCCCAGCCCACAACGUCGCAGGAGUUAUACUGAGUAUUACAGUCGAAAAAAGAAGGAGAAACGCGGUUCGCGGGACAUUGAGACCGAGACCGAACCCGAAGAAGUCUUGGCUGUUGACGCAGGUGGGUCGUCGUGUUCGCUGUCCUCCGUCUCAGCCUCCCUCUCCGAUAAGAGCGUCUCCACUGAUAACAUCGAAGAGAUCAAGAGCGACGUCCCCUUUGCUGGGUUAUUCCGUGGGAGCAUUACGCCCAUGGAUGGAGCACUAGAGGUGUCUGCCUUAGAACGCCCUCGCUCCCUUGGCACAACCUCAUCUCUCAAGCCCUCGCUAGAUAGAGGAUGUCGGAACAGUGCCAUGGGUAGUUUGGCUGGAAGAGACAACAUGGGACCAACAAGCGUACCUACCCCAGGAAUGGGAAGUCUUUUGUCCCCUCUGGAGGAGGCAGAAGAAUGGGCAAGAAUCAACGAUAUUAUGGCCAGCUUUGGAGGUGGCUUAGCAAGAGAAAGUGUCUUCAUGGCAGAGCUUGAACAUGAAUUUCAGACUAGAUUAGGACUAUCCUUGUCUCCCUCACAACAAGGACUAGGUCUGUUAUCUAGCAGCGGUAGUAGUGAGGAUGUUGUAGAAGUUACUACGUUCGAAGGUGGUGAAAAGUCAGUGGGAGCUUGGUUACGUGCACUUGGCCUGCCCCAGUAUGAAGAUGUAUUUAUUGCUCAUGGAUAUGAUGAUACAGACUUCAUGAAUGGUGGUAUUCUUGAAGCUGGUGAUUUGCAAGAACUUGGUAUUACCCAGCCAACACAUCAACAUACUGUGAUGAAAGCUGUUUCUCGUCUACCGACUCCACUCCAUGCUAUAAGAUCUACAUACUCCCUUCCUGACACUGUUGAAGCUUGGUUAGACUCAAUCAGAUUACCUCAGUAUGCACAAAACUUCCAUAAAAACGGUUUUGGUGAUAUGGAAAGAGUAAGAAAAGUGUGGGAAAUUGAACUAACCACUGUUUUAGAGAUCACUCGACCAGGUCACCGAAAAAGAAUUUUAGCUUCGCUUGGAGAUCGACCUUUAGAACCUGAGUUACCACCUGCGCUUAAUCCACAUGAUUUGAGUCUUGAACUUACAAAGUUGAACUCGGACAUCUCUCAGCUUAAAGAGCAGUUAUUCAAUGAUUUGCCUUCUUCACAAUCUCGUGAACGGCGUCCUCCAGAGACUGCUACAAAUACCAUUCGUCGCUCAGGCACAAAGAAACGUAAUGCUCCACAGCCACCUGCCAAAGCCCCUCGUGCACAACCCACUAUAGAUUUGUGUGGGACAGAUGACAUUGGACAUCUUAAUAUUCGGGAUCCUUCCCAGUUGGUCGUUGGAGUACCCAAUACCUUGCUCACUCAGUGGAGACAUCACCCCAAUGCACUAGUCACAUCUAGUGUACAGUAUGUUGCACAAUACCUUGGCUCCACACAUGUAAAGGAGCUUAAGGGAACAGAAUCAACCAUGAAGUCCAUCCAGAAGCUUAAGAAGUCAACAAGUGAAGGUGCCAAAAUACCAAAAAUAGUAUUAUCAGUUUCCUAUAGAGGAGUCAAGUUCAUCGAUGCUGUAACACAGGCUCUAGUUUGUGAACACGAGAUUCGUAAUAUUCAUUGUGCCUGUCAGGACGCUGAUGAUUUGUCUCAUUUUGCAUACAUAACCAAAGAUUUGGAAACCAAAGGGCACUACUGCCAUGUCUUUAGAGUACAAUCUAGGGAACUUGCCACUGAAGUCAUCCUUACCCUGGGUGAAGCCUUUGAAGUUGCUUACCAGAUAGCUCUUCGAGAGCAACCAUAUUCUAAUCAGUCUGACGAACAGAAACUUGCUCAUGGACAUAGUCGAUCCAAAUCUGAGCACAUACGAAAUCACCGGACGCUCUCUAAUGGUUCUACUCAUUCUCACACCAGAUCACAUUCCACAGUGCCGCAGCAAUCAUCUAUUGGGGGUGUAUCAAGUAGUUCAGCAGAAAAUCUUCUCUCAGAUUCUGGAAAUGGAUCUGAAAAGGACUGUGGUUCAAGGAGGGACUCCCUAAGCUCUGUACCUUCAAGUCAUACUCAAAUUAAUGGUACAUAGCUAAACUUUUAGUGUAGUGUUAGAGUGUUGUCAUGUUUGUGAGCCAAGCUGUUGUACAUUUUACGUGCUUAUUCAGGAAAUAUGGUAUCUUGUGCAUUUCUUGAAAUAUGUGUCAAAAUAAAGGCAGUGAUGGAAAAUUAGUUAUUAUAACAGCCGAGCAAGAGCCCACUUUAACUUUGGAGUGCAGUGUUGUGUAUAUAUACUAAAACUCCGGAAAUAUUUGAGUCUGUAGUGCAAAUCUGUGCAAGAUUGUUUAUCUGUUUGCCUUGUGUCACAAGUACUCAAGGGAUGCGCUAUACUCUGUGGAUUCUAAGUUACUGUACUUUACUCAAAAUAAAUGAAUAUUAAAUACAGUAGCAAGUUCAUGCGAGUGUCAGAUUAAAUUUUAUUUCUUUGAGUAUUCAAUAUAUGAGAGGCUUGAGUUAAUAAAGUUAGUACAGUAUAUGCUUCUCAGAACAGUGGGAAUUGCUACUUUUAUUAGAUUUCAGAAAGUGGAACCAUGUAUGACAAAAGAAAGACUUGAAGAAAAAAAAAAGAUGAAUGCUUGUCAUCUGUGAGAUACAUAUGGCUACUUUUAAGAAACUGAAGAGAAUUCUUAGUGAUAAACAUAAUUGAGAUUACAUAUAUAAAUAUAAUUGAGAUUAACUUACUCGAAAAAGGUAGCUACAAUUAAUGAGAAAAUUAAUUAUUGGUUAUUGCAACAUACUUUAGCUUUACAGCAGCGUCUGUUAUUGGCAUGAGACUGAAAGUUACUAAGCCAUGCUGUAUGGGCUGGAUUGAUGCUGUAAAUGAAACAACACACUUGUUCUUUCUCAAGCCUGCACAAGUCUUUCAUUGAGUGUCAAAUAUGUACAUUGUUUAUUGGAGAUAGGAAAUUAUAGGGCAUUACAGCUUUUGCUGUAAGAUUAAAAGAUUAAUUACAGCUUUUGCUGUAAGUUUAAAAGAUUAAUUACAGCUUUUGCUGUAAGUUUAAAAGAUUAAUUACAGCUUUUGCUGUAAGUUUAAAAGAUUAAAAAGUAUUUGCAUUGGCAUGUGUUAUAGAAUUAACUUCAUUCCAUGAGUAUUUUUGUAAUAAAAUAAUGUAUUAAUUAUAAGGCCAUAAGCCUUGGUACUGAAUUCUUGAAUGACUUUCAGUAUGAAUUUCACUGAUAAUUUCUUGUUACCUAGGACUGUGGUCUUAUUUUUUUUAUUUAUUUAACUUUGUGGUGUAACUUAAAGUGGCAAAUCAUUUUAAAUGAAUAGGAUUUUUUAUUCUUGUGAGUAAAUGAUGAACUUUGACAAGUUGUAUAAAAAGACAAAAAGUUCUUAUGAUAGUGACCAUUUUUCUAGUUAAAUUUAUCUCUCUAUCUUUCAUACCAAUAUAUAGAUAUAUUAUAUAUACACUAAAUGAUAAGGAAUCUGGUUGAAGAGAUUUUGAGAGUAAGUGAUAUUAAGUGGGAAAUAUUGGAGCACAUUGCCUUGUGUGAAGGUGCUUGUUUUGCUCUUUUGAUGCACUUGAGAAGAAAACCUGCCCUUUCUUUAUGGUUUUACAUAUUUUAUGAUAUUAUUUAUUCCUAUCACUGGGAUCUUUCCCCAUUUUAAAGGGUUUAAAUUUGUAGGUGGCUUGUGUUAGAGAGAGCUGUCUACUUAGUUUUCGAUGGUUUUAUUGUUGUUAUACCUGUUACUUUAAAGGAUUAAUUAGAAUACACUUUUAUAUGUAUUAUUUUGUUUCUUCACAAUGCUGGCUGUAUGAUUUUUAUAUAAAUUUGUACAGUUGUAUGUGCUAUAUUUCUAUAGACUUGAUAGCAUACCAACACUAUACCGUAUACACAGCUGUGUUUUUGUGUUUAUCUGCACUUUGUAUGUUGUGCACUUUAUGUCUUAUGUAAUAGAGUACCGAGAAAGUGAUCUGCUAGAUUUGCAAGGACUUAUGUGAGAAUUUGAAUCAGUAAAAAAACAAUUGCUUUAAAUUGGCACUGUCCAUUUUGUAUUUGAAUGGGAAAUAUUUUGAAAAAUUUGUUUCCCUAAUAAGAAUAUCACUCGUGCAGCCACUGCUAGGUUGUACGAGUAAACUAAUUUUUAUGUCUUUAUUAUGGCAGGGUUUUUAUUGUCAUCGAAUUUUGUAUAAUUUUGAGUAAUAGGGGCAUAUAAUCCAAGUUGGUGGUUUUCUAUUUAAAUAUAGCUAUUGUAAUUUUCCCAUGUGUAGGAAAGAAACUUCCUACAGAUGUCAUGCAAAAUGCUUACUUGGUAUUUAAAUGUUUUUGAUGUUUAGAUUUCUUUCGGUUCAUGAUGUUCUGGCAGUAUGUCUGAUUAAAAUCAUUGUUUUACUUAGUUUUUAUUCUCACUCAGUCUAUGUAACUAAAAUCUGUUUUGUCAUACUUCAUUUAUUGAAAUUUUUGUGUGCAAAGGUUUUUGUAUUAUUGAUUAAAAGCUUCGGACUUUUCAAACAUUUUAUCAUUUGAGGCUGAGACAUAUUGCUCAAAGUUUUUUAACUGCAGUUUUUAUACUAAAAUUUAAUGACAUUUUUAUUAAAAUCCAGUCUCACUCCAGUUUUAGCCAUUGUUUGAAUUUGUGAUCUGUCAAUCAGUUCCUUAUCCACACACAUUUGAGUAACUUUUUUUUUUUUUUAAAGUUUAUUUUGGGUAAUUAUUCACUUUUAUGACUUUCAUUCAAUAGUUAAAAAUGGAAGGGUCAAUAUAUUAGGAAUUUCACUUAUUUUAAUGGUUUUUAAGAAUCAUUCCAUACUAGUCAAUUUUUCAGCCUGGCGUGUUUCAUGCAAAAUGCUGUACAAAUGCAGAAAUCCCAAUGUAUUUAGUUAUAAACGCUUGUUCUGGUAGAGAACAGCAAAUUUUUUGGAGCACUAUAUGGACUGUUUUUUGCUAUGCUUGCAAGUACGUAUAGUGCAUCAACAACAGUAUUUUUCUCCUAUGCUGUCUGCCAAGUCAUUUAAAAAGAGAUUGUAAUAAAACUUCAAUUCCGUUAGAUUUCUAGGGUAUCAUUGACUAUCGAAACAAUUUUAUAUUAUUUUCUAAAGGAAUGGUAAGAUUGAAUCUAGUGAAUUAAUCUAUUAGUUUUAUCCAGUACAGGUAUUUGCAGAUAAAUGGGAUAUUUUGUAAAUAUUUGUUCCAUGCAAUAUAAAUAUAUAUAGUACUAUUGUGCACUACAGAUGUGUGCUAGUCAUGAAGAUAUGUUGUUCCUUAAGUGUAUGUGUGUGUGCAUGUGUGCACAUAUUACUAUGUGUGCUGCAAUCCUGGUGAGUGAGGCAGUUUACAAGAUGUAAAAGUUCAAUAUUAUAUCAAGAAAAUUUUCAAAAGAACUUGGUGUACCCCAACCCACCCACACUCAUGGUUCAAGUAGACUUAUAACUGGAAAUUUUUUUUUGACUUUUAGCAUUUUGUAUGUUUAUACGUGUGUAAAUAAUUAUGUAAUAUGUUUUAUUUGUGCAAAACAAUAGUUGAGACUCACAGAAGCCAAUAUCAGUCUGGAUGGUAAACCUCAUGUCUACCAUUUCUGUAACUGCUGUACAAGAGAAUACACUACAGAAUUAUUUUCUUAUGUUUUUGCACCUGCUGAUGGGUUUAAGGUGCACUUGUUAACUUGCUGGACACAUUUUCUAGUUUUCAUUAAUUGACAUUCAUUUCAUUGUCAGAGUGCAUGAAGCUUUUUCAUUAUUUCUUUCAUAUUUGAUACUCUUUCCAUUACCUCAUACUGCCAAAAAAAUGCUGUAAAUUGUGUCAGGAAAUUACCAUUCAACCUCUUGAGGUAAGGCACAAACAUCACUAACCAGUGUCUUAAUUUGUAGUCUGAUAAACUAUAUGAUCUAGAUACGUACCAUUUAGAUCAUGUCUCUCCAUUCCAUCUCAACUGUCAUAUAAUAUUUUAUUUCUGUAUCGACUGGUUAUUGUUGAAAUAAAUUACAUUUCAGUUGAGGUAAUAAUUUUAGUAAUAUUUGUGAAAGGUUGAUACAGUCCUGACUCUGUUUUUAUAUAUUCUUAUAUUUAUAACAUUUGAUCAUACAUUUUGCACAGCUAUAUUCCUGUUCUUUUUUUCAUGUACUUUCAGAACACACUUUUCCUCCUAUUCUUUGCACUGUCAUAACCCCCUGUUGUAUUAUAUUUAAUAAUGGGAGUAUUUACUCCUCAUUGUGACCAAGAAUAUUUCUGAGCUGAUAUUUUUAUCAAAUAUAAAAAGGUUGUGAAUGUCUUUUGCUAGAUUUUGAGAGCUAAAUACUUUUUCUCUUACAACUUCAAAAUAACUAGGAAGGUCAGUAGUAUUACCUUUGCCAGUUUUGCCAGUCUCCAGAAUUUUGUACUGAUAUUUUAGCUUCAUGAGCUUGGGGUUGACUAAACUCACUUUUUUAUUAUAAAAGUUUUUUUUUAUUGACUUUGUGUCAUCUCACAAUUAUUUGAUUUGCAAUAGAUUUUGUUAGAUGUACACAAGUUCAAAAUGUUAUGAACACAUUAAAUCUUUAAUGAGUUGAAA